CCGGCGGCGGGGGCUCGGGCACCGGCACCCAUGCACGGCGCGGAGGAGGCGGCGGCGGCGCCGCGCGUGAGAGCGGCGAGCACGCAGACCGACAGCAUGGCCGGUCAAGUGCCAAGACUUUCCAAGGUCAAUCUUUUUACUUUAUUAAGUCUCUGGAUGGAGCUCUUUCCCUCUUCUGAGCAGCAGAAAAAAUCCCAGGUGAAGAAGAGUGGCCUUGUUGUGGUGAAAAAUAUGAAGAUUAUUGGUCUUCAUUGCUCCAGUACAGACUUGCAUGCUGGCCAGAUUGCACUUAUUAAACACGGAUCAAGACUUAAAAACUGUGAUCUUUAUUUUUCCAGAAAACCAUGUUCAACUUGUUUAAAAAUGAUUGUAAAUGCUGGGGUGAACAGGAUUUCUUACUGGCCUGCAGAUCCUGAGAUCAGCUUGCAGAACGAGGUAUACAAUCCAACAAGUACUGAGGAUGCAAGGCUGGAUGCCAAAGCAGUGGAAAGACUGAAGUCAAACAGUCGUGCUCGUGUGUGUGUUUUGCUUCAGCCUUUGGUGUGCUACAUGGUGCAGUUUAUUGAAGAAACUUCCACCAAGUUUGAUUUUAUUCAGAAAAUAGCAAAAUCACAGCCUGACUGUAACACUGACUUUUAUACGGCAUGUAGGCAAGAGAGUAUAAAAGAGUAUGAAAGUUUAUUUCUAAUUUCAAAUGAGGAAAUGCACAAGCAAAUAUUGAUGACGAUAGGACUGGAGAACCUCUGUGAAAACCCGUACUUCAGCAACCUUAGGCAGAAUAUGAAAGAUCUUGUCUUGGUCUUGGCAUCAGUGGCUGCCAGUGUCCCAGUCUUUGGAUGCUUUGGAUUUUACAAGAGUGGAUCCCAACGAGCAAACGAAGCAGACGAUCAGUGUUUGCCCCAGGACGUGGCAAGGCACUGUAUGAUACAAGCCAGGCUGCUUGCCUAUCGGACAGAGGAUCAUAAAACGGGAGUUGGAGCUAUUAUUUGGGCAGAGGAAAAAUCGAGAGGCUGUGAUGGAACAGGAGCAAUGUAUUUUGUAGGCUGUGGUUACAAUGCCUUUCCUGUUGGAUCUGAAUAUGCUGAUUUUCCACACAUGGAUGAUAAACAAAAAGAUCGGGAAAUCAGGAAGUUCAGAUACAUUAUCCAUGCGGAGCAGAACGCCCUGACAUUCAGGUGCCGCGAAAUAAAGCCAGAUGAGAGAAGCAUGAUAUUUGUAACAAAAUGUCCAUGUGAUGAAUGUGUCCCUUUAAUUAAAGGAGCUGGUAUCAAGCAGAUCUAUGCGGGAGAUGUUGAUGCUGGAAAAAAGAAAGCAGACAUAUCCUAUAUGAAGUUUGGUGAACUUGAGGGUGUAAGCAAAUUUACAUGGCAACUAAGUCCAUUGCACCCUAAUGCACUUGAAUUCCAUGACCCUACAGCCAGGGAAAAUGGGGUCCAGAAAACAAAAUCGCUGGAUGACCAGCAGCACCAAAGCAAGAAACUGUGUCUUGGUCAUUACUGAAUAAUUAAGCACUUCCUGCAGUCUUGCUUCAUACUUUUUAUAAUACAGCCUGUUUGCACUUUCAAAUAAGAAAGAGUUUUAUUUAUUGUUUGGAAAGUGAAUUUUAGAUUAAGUUUAUUUAUGAUGUCUUUAAUGUUUUACAGUGUUGCCUGAAGGUCUUUUUAAUUUAGAAGCUCCUGGCGAAAAAAUGCUGCUUGUAUUUUCUGUGAAAGUAACUGGGUGGCUGAUCAUUUUUAGCACAUUAAAAAAAUAUACUCGAAGUUCAUUGGUGGUAGAUCAGAGUAAUAAUAAAAUGGUGUCUUGUUUGCUUGGGGUAUGGAUUGAGGGAAUGGAUUUAUAAGUUCUGGGUUAGCAAAUGGCAGAAAUAAGCUGUAGUUCUUCAAAUACAAUCAUCAGAGGAUUCUUCUAGGAAAUGGUAGGUAAAUAAUCACCAGCAACUAUCUCUGUUCUUGAAAGUGGCUUUUGCUUCUCAGUGUGCUUCUCAGUGUAAUGGACAUGAAACUAUUGGGAUAGCAGUCAUUGUUACCUAAAUGAUUUGGAGACAAAUCUUGUUUCUCAUACACACUUCUUACCAUAGCAGCAGAGCUGUUUCGUUUUGUGGUACUUGCCUUGCUGCUCUGUGUGCUUCCUUACUUGCAGUCCAUCUGAAUUAAUGAAGACAAAGAUUGGCUUUGCUUUUUCUCAGCUUCUGGAGGCAGGCAUAAAAGGCUGUAUGCAUCUCACUGGCACCUACAUACCCGUGAAGUUGCUAGUGUUGAGGUUUUGUUAAUCUUCACUGACAGGCUCCUAGGACUGCAGAAGCUAAUAAAUCACCAGUGUCCUGUUGUUUCUUAAAUAGGAUGAUCUGUACCAGUGGAAUAGUCCAAAUCUUUUCAGGUGCCCAUCUCUUGGAUGCCUACACUACAAGGGUGAUUUUGAAACAGCCACUGAAACGUCAGUCUAGUGGUGUUGUUGCUAGUUUUGAGGGGUCAAGUAAUGCAUAACCAGAACAAAGAGCUCUACCCAGAAUCUUUUUAUUCCCAUCUGUUUCCUGCUUUGAAUCUGACCUCUAACUGUUUGUUUUAGCAGAUGUCCCAAGACUUUCAGUUCACUCUUCUGCUGCGCUCUCCAGUACAAAUACCUUAAAUCUUUUUUUUCUCUUGCUGGUAGGAUAUGUAAACAGCCCUUUCCCAGUUCUUUCAUGGACAUUGUCUUUGCUGCUCUUCUUAAAGUCCUGAAAGUGGAAUCAUGUCUUAAGAUGCAGCUGUAGGGUUGGUUUUUUUUUGUUUGUUUCUUUUAGGUUUUGGGGAAGCUUGGAACUGGAUAGCAGGGCUGUGACUGGAUAGUGUACACUGUCCAAAUUAGAAUAAAAGGUCUGCCCUAGUCCACCCACUGAAACCUUUUUGUUUCCAUAAUCCAUUGGCAUUGCUCAUCUUCUUGAAGUAGAAGCAAGGGGAAAAAUAGGGCCAGAUUUAAGGCCCCUUCAAGUUUAAUGUGAUCAGUUUGCUGGUAUCAAAAUUAGUAAAAUCUGUAUUUUCAUAGGAACAGCUGAAGUUGAAAUGUCCCUUAAACAUCAUAGGUGGCCUGGGUAUACUGAUAAGUAAAUUGCUUGGAAGCCUGAUUUUAUUUCUGUCUUAUUAUAUUCUACAAAUUCUUCCAGAGGCUCAAAAAUUUCUGUAGGCUCUGAUUGUCACUAUAACCCUACUUUAAUUUUUACUGCAAUUAUGAAGUAGGGACUUUAUCUUGUCCAACAGGAGCAAUGCAAAUGGGGUUCCUCUCUCAGCCUAUGGACUCUAGGUGCUGCUCUGCUUGUCUGCUUACCAGGAAGAGCCACAGAAUACUGGACAUCUUCUGCAGUGCUUAUUUUGCAAAUCAACUCUAGGAUGUUUGUUUCUUACAUAACAACUGCAAAGUAUUUACUCAAGAGGUGUAAAACUUACAUAUUUUAUACAUUGUUUGAAAUUUCUGUAUGCAGUUUGAGAUUCAUUCAUUUCAGAACAAUCAUUUUAAUUGCAGGUAUUAACUAUCAAUAAUAAUUUGGUCUCCUGACUGAGAAUUACAGAAAUUCUCUGUUAGUUGUCUGCCUUACAGUAAAACAUGUUCCUGCUAAUAAAUUAAUCUGCCAGUAA